AUCUAUAAUUAUCGACAUCGCUUGCAAUUUUCCGAUCGUCUGUAUUUUGCAAACCGCUAAAAUUUAAAUUCUUAGAAGUAUGCGUAACAAAUAUUUAAUCAGCUAAAAGAUGGCAUUUCUUAAAAUGCCAAAAGUUUUAAGUCUAAACAUUUGAAAUGCAAAAAUUUGAAUUCUCGAAACAUAUAUAUCAGAAAAAUAUUGAAGAGAACAUGCGAUCGAGACGGCUGAGACCGCUAAAUCAAGAAUUCCGAGGAUUACAAUUUUGAGAGCUUAUACUUAUAAAUUCCAUUUCGUUGUCCACGUCAGUAUAUGAACAAUUAUGUCAACACGGCGCGCACAGUCAUGUCAUGCAUAAAUAUUCAGAUGUAACACGCGCACGCUCCGAGUACGCCUGCAAUUGGUGCAACUUCACGUCAAUGCCGUGGCGGGGCCUGUUGUCUACCUGGGACGGCUCGGGCGCAAACGCGACGCAAACAUUUGAGGUUAGCGGAAAAGUCAUAUGCGCGAACGGAUCGCAGGACAGCUCCACGAUCGAGGCUGAAUAAUUUCAAAUUACGAAAGUUACGUCCGGCGGAGAACAGGAGAAUCGAUGCUGUCGCCGCGCCCGCUGCGUACGCGGCGCGAAACGGGCUCGUGUAACAGUUUCGUGACGUGUCUUCGUGGGAGCCGCAUGGCUCGUCGUCUGGCAGACAAAUCUACAUGUCUAUAUCAAGACAUAUAAUAUUUAUUUCAUAUUGUUGCCUGCUACUUCGUUGAACACAAAGAAAUGGGAAUUAUAAAAAUAUGCUACAUGUUCUGCUUCACCAAGCACGAUGUUUAAAUUGGAAUCCUAUAUAACACCAGUGAUUCUCAGCUAUGUAGAGAAAUAUGUAAAAAAUUUUAAGCCGGAACAGUCGCAGGUAUCUUUGUGGGGUGGAGAUGCAUCGUUUCAGAAUCUGGAUCUACGAUUAGAGGUAUUAGAGGAGCAACUGAAUCUUCCAUUUGUCUUUGUUAGUGGCCAUAUACAUGAAUUAUUGAUACAUGUUCCCUGGGUAAAAAUUACGUCUGAGCCAAUAGUUGUUACCAUUAAUACCAUAGAGUGCAUUUUAAAAUUGAAAGAUGAAAAUACCACAGAAACCAAUCCAACGACGUUACAAAAGAAGAAGGAGUCGAUACAAGAGGAAGCUCCACCUGGGUAUAUCAAAAGUGUAGUCACGAAAGUUAUUAAUAAUAUUACCAUUCAUUGCAACAAUCUCAUCUUGAAAUACGUGGAGGAGGAUAUUGUGCUUAGCAUAAAUGUCAGAUUUUUAAGUAUGCAAACUGUCGACAAUAAAUGGGAGCCAGCUUUUGCCGAGGUCAACACUCAAGAAGUAAUGCUUAGGAAAGUUAUUACCAUCCAAGACUUGACAUUGUGCUUAGAUAAAAUGGAUGCAUCAGGAAAGAUAGAGAUAUAUCAGGAUCCUGUUUUGUAUCGAUGUUCAAUGACAAUCCGAAUGAUUAUAAACUAUCACAACAACGUUUCGAAGAGAGCAUCGAUCACGAGGCUUGAUCUUCAUUGUGAGAAAAUGGAAUUUAGUAUGACUGAACAGCAAGUACCGAUGCUCCUGAGACUGUCUGCCUUGGUAAUGGCGUUACAAACGAAGCAAUUUCCACCAAGCAAGGAAAAAUCUUCCAUUACUGUGGACGAGAGAGAAGAUGUUGCACAAGAUGAUACAAAUCAGGUAGCGGGGACUUCCACGGAUGCAGUUGGAUGGGGUGGGUGGGCUUGGGAUAUAGUGUCAUCUGUCCUACCCGUUGACUGGGACAAUAAUUGGACUGCUGAACAACAAAUGGCAUAUUCUGGUCAUAUUGUACAUUUAGGUGUUUAUAUAGAUGAUGCUACUUUAACAUUUAAGACUGUUGAAAGUGUCAAAGAGCAAUUAUUUUAUAAAUCUCGAAAACUUAGGUACAAAUCCUUUUUAUCGCUUCGAUUGAACGGAGUUGUGAUAGAUACUUUAAUUCAAGGAAUUUCAAUGACGACUUUCCAAGUUGGAGUGGCGUGCAUACAGCUUUAUCCACGAGGAAUCUGCAGCUGUGGACAUGUAGAAGUUGCUGAUGGUGUACAGCCGCCUCUUUACGUAACAGCUGGGAACUUGAAUACUGAUUACGUGAAAGAUUCAUUGUUUGACAAAGAAGCCGCGGAAAAUAAGGGGAAGAAACGGGAUUAUAAACAGGGAAUAGAUCAGCACUUGACAACAGUUACGGUUGACAAAUUAUUAGAAAGAUGUCCAGCGAUUGUGAUGGAUUAUGUUUAUUAUGUGGAAUUACCCGACGACAUAAUGCCUGAAAAAUUGUUCGAAUUUGGAUCAAAUUUUGAAUACAGCAAUUUUCAGGAACGCAGAGUAGUAAGAUAUGUCACUGGAGAUCUAACAAUCAGAUUAUGUUCCGGGAUUUUUCAUCGUAUUGAUACCAUCAAACAAGCUGCCGCAAAAUACGAUUAUAAUCCUUAUCUUGUAAUGAAACCAGAUCCUCUUAUCGAUGAAUUGCCUCCCGUUACGUUGGAAGAAUAUGAAGCACUCAGGGAAAACGUAUCGAUGACAGAAACAAAAUUUGUGUUAAAAAGAGCGUCACUACAGCUACAGUUGGCAGAUCAUUGCAUUACAGGAGUGCCACGACAACGUAAAAUUAUCGAAACUCGGAUUACGCCAUUGUCGCCAGCUCUGACAGACGAUCCUUUUGUUAGCGUCGAAUGCGAUGAAGCAAUUGCCACUGUAGUACAGCCUAUGUAUCCAUUUAGACUCGUAGCUUGUGCGUCAAAGUUAACGGAGCUAUUACCAGAAAUGUUCACUCAGUGCCAUGCGAUUACCGAUAUACAAGUGAUUGGAGUGAAGAGUCAACUCCACUUAACGAAAACUUGCGAUACUUCAAUAGUAAUGCCUUAUUCGGUGGAAGCUUCUUCAAAAAUAUUGUUAUAUCCUCAGUAUUGGCGGGACAUAGACAUGACUCAAAAGUCACAUUCCUUUCAAUCGGACAGUAUUACUAUCACGGGAACUAAGGCAAAAUUAAUGGCUGCAACGGCUAUUGUGAAUUCCGUCUUUAAUCCUACAGAUACAACGAACCCACUUAUCUGUUCCACCCUCUUUAACGACGCCUGUCAAGAGAAAUGUCCGGUGUACUUAGAGUUAUAUCUGGAAAAUAUAAAUUGCAAGAAUGUAUCAUCCUCAGUCACGAUAUCGAAUGAAGUGAAUAUAAAUUCUAUAAAAAUAUUUGCCCUCAACGAUUCUCAACAAGCCUUUAUUCUUUCGGGUCCAGAAAAUCGUGACAGCAGCGAUGCAGGAAAUGUACCGCUGUUGUCUACUGUAGUCCAGUUCCCUAAAAACGUUGAAACGCAAACACAUCCAUCUCUCGUUUCGUUUAAAAUUUCCGAGAUCAGAGCUUCCCUAGAUCCACUUCUCUUCGAGUGGCUGGAAUAUCGUGCCACAUAUCACAAAUCGGGAAGUAUACAUGUAUUGCGUUCGGACAGUCAACAAUUGAUUACCGAAGGUACAUCAUCUGAUACGGGCACGCGAAAAAAGACGUUUCCCAGUCUACAUGAAAGCGUGCACAGUUCGUCGGACAAGGAGAAAAAGAGAUCAGCUGUGACAGAAAAAUCGAAAACGCUACGAAAUGAUGAAACGCAAAGGAAGUUAAGUGAAUUUAAAAUGGAAGCGGAACAACAGAAUUUACAGCGAUCGGGGAUAUUGGUCAAAUUAACAGAGUCCUAUUCGUGGUGGUGCAGUCUUGUGUUAAAUGGCUACAUAGGACAUAUUAUCAUUUACAUUCCAUCUGCUACAAUGAGUGGUAUCGGGGCUGAUGGCAUAGAACAGGCCAAAGACAGAGCCUUAAUGGAAAAUGAAGAUCUACAAAUAAUGAUAGUAAAGCUGCCAAGCCUUCUCGUCCAUUCAUCCAAUCUGAAUGCCGAGAUGCUAAGCCCAUAUCUACAGAAUCUGCCUGCUAAAUUACCGGAAUCCAUGUGGACACAUCGAAUGCAAAGUUUUCCAUGGACGUUAAGUCUUAUCGAUUUUCAUUGUUACACUUUGCAACAGCAGACACAAAAGAACUUCAUAAAGAAAGUUACGCUAAAUGCUACAGUAGCCCUUACAACUAAGACAGCUGCGACUGAGUUAAAUACACUCACGGCUCUAAGCGUUUGUGUACACAUUGAUAAUUCGCCUAUCAUUAUUUCGCUUUCGGAGGACCAGGUUAUUUUUAUGAGCAGUAUAGUUUCAAAUAUGAUAAAAAUAUUAAAAACUUUGUACGGUUCCCGGAGAGACAACGUAAUUGUACCACAAAUGAGCAACGAAAUGCAAAUUGUUCUUCCCGCUAUACCUCAAACUCCGUCCACUCCGACUCAAAUAAUGUAUCAAGAAGACACUACCAAUUCGACUAUGUCUACGUCGAAAGAUGAUCUGGGACACGAAAAAGAUGGUUUAGUUGUAACGGCAUGGAUUCAGUGGACCAUAACAAAAGUAGCAAUUAAAUUGUACAUUAUGGGACAAGAGGACACGCCUUCCUUAAAAUUAAUGUUAGAACUGGAAGACAUUAUAACAUCUUUAGAUUUGCAAUCGGUUUACAUGCAGUUAAAGAGUAAAAUAACAACAGCUACGGUAUUCCAUUACGUUAGAGCUCCACAUGCAUUAAAUUGGGACGUUGGUGAAUAUGCCGGGCUGGUACUCUGUGGAAGGGAAGACAAUUUGGAGAAAAGCGAUGAUUCUGGCUUUAUAAGCUUUACGCUUACCCGUGCGAAGUCCGGAAAUGUAUACACACGUUGGGGCACUCAGAAACGUUACAAGCCUCAAAAGAAAGAGUUGCUGCUUGACUCUACGUUGUCUACGAACGGCUACAUUUCUGAGAUACUCAUCAAAAUGCAGAUGGUCGACAUUAUCUUACCAAUAAGCGUAAUUAGCAAAUAUGCUCAAUUGGUGAAACCUUUUACGUGCCUCGGGUCAUCUGUUGAGAAAAGCGCAGAAUCCAUCCGUAAUAAAAACAUGGCUACACCAUUAGUUGGCAUAACCAACUUGAAUAACGAAUCGUUGCCGUUGAUCCAUUUGGAAUUCAAAGGUUUUCGUCUCAUGAUGCCGGCUUUCACCGAUACGAGAAAAUUACAACACGAUUUGCUGAUGCUUCAGCUGGACGGGAUUCGUAUUACGCCGGAUGCGGAAAAUCCUAUUUGCAGAAUUCCAUUGCGAACCGACAUAUAUCAACUUGCUGCUCGAGCAAAUAUAUUAAACGUACCAGGCUCGGCUGUAGAAGACCGUCAAUAUCAAAUUAGUAUUAAAGGAGUGUGUGCGUAUACCACCACUUGGAAGAACUAUCAGCUAAGCAUUAAUAAGAGAAUGUCUCAAUCGUACUUAUAUACAAUGAACGAGAAUCCAGCAUUGGAGUGGAAUAAGCUCGGGAAUGGCAGUAGUCUAGAUCCAUACUUUUCAACGUCUUCAGUAUUAACAAAAUUUGAUCUCUGCUUGAUUAUUGCCCCAGCUGUCACAUUUAAAGGAGACACAAUAGUCUGUGGAAGCGCCGUCGAAGUGAACUGCAUCACGGACAUAGAAUUGACAAUAAAUUUAGAUCAAAUUAAAUUAAUAUCGACGCUCAAUAAUGAAUUUUUAACGUUACUUUCUGGAAGUUUCGAGAGGGUGGAUGAUAAAAAUAAUUCUAAUAUCAUAGUUCAAAGGUUUCCUUUAGGAUCUCAAAGCAUUAAGCCUGUUAACUGGCUGAAACAGACGUCAGAUGAUUCAGAAAUCGAUUUUACAAAAGACAGUGGUGUCGAUUUUGAAAUGUCCAGCAUGCAUUCAACAAUAAUUGGAAGACCCAUAGUUGAAACUAUGAUACUUCCACCGUUUGAAUUUUUAGUAAAUUGUGGAAAGAUAACAUUUAUCUUGUAUGAAGUCCAAAGUACUUUUGUUGAUUUAGAGGAUAAUAUAGAUAUGCACAAAACUGACUGUGAAGACGAUAAUAACAAUGUGAAACAGCCAUUACUUUAUCUAAUGAUCAAUCAGCCAAAUAUUUAUCUCUCUCAACAACAUUUAUCUAAAAAGAUACAAAUAUCUUGUUUUGAUAUAACGACAGCGCUUGGCGACGCACAAAAUCUAAACGCGAUACCGACCGAGAAGGAUUUCAAAAUUUAUAUGAUAGAAACGAAGCAUGGCGAGCCACAUCCGGACACGGGUAUCCCGCCUUCUUUUGCGACAGUGAAAUCUGAAGUGCUUCUAGGCAAAAACCGCCAGUUUUUCAUUGAAAUGGGACGACCGACGAAAGUACAUCUUUCUUUAUCCAGGCUCAAUCAACUCUAUGACGUACGGAAUAAGUUAUUAUCGUGUUUUGCUGACGACGACGUUGCGCAAGUAUCUGCAGAGAUGGAGACUACGUGUACAGAUUCUCAAAAUUUAGCGGCGCCGACAAGAUCGAGGAAAUUCAGUGUACCUGAUCUGCAUUUAAAUACAAGACAGAUUGUAUUGUCUUUGAAGACUGACACCGGGGCGGAAAUUAUUACCAGUUUAGCAACGUUAAAUGGAAACCUGUCGACGCUCCUGAGACCAGACAGGAUAUACUUAAAUCUGUCCAUAGAUUCUUUUAUUGUGUCUGCUAUCUUAAAUGGGAAUAUCAAAGUGCUGUUAAAUCCAUGGUGUUGCAACGUAACGACUUGUUUACUUUGGGAGUCUUCGUACAAUAGCGAGAUCAUUCCACAGAUACAAAUACAGGCAGACAGCGAGAGUCUGUAUCUCGACUUCGGACCGGAUCAGAUAAAAAUUAUGAAAAUGGUUAUGCACGAUUGCCAGUUACUGCUAAGCGAGUUCACCUCGUUAUCUACGAGCGAAGAUAAAAACGAGAAACAAAUUGUGCUGUCGACCGAACAACACUACAAGGAUGAUCUCAAGGCUGGCGCAUUCCAGUUUGUCGAUGGCACCGCGGACGAGUUGCCUUUUCCGUAUCAAGUGGUAUUUUUUGUUUAUCCUCAGCAAGCGAUGGCUUGGAGGUAUCCACAACCGCGCAUGUUAACAAGGAUACAUAUAUCUCCUGUUCCAUUUGAAGCGGCAGAUGUCGACGGUAAUUACAUCGACAAAGUUCCCUGCGUUCUCGAGUACUGGAGCGAUAGUCACAUGUCGUACCAGCGUUACGCGGAUUUUUACCUGUCGGAGACUGAUUCCUACCGAUUGGAUCUACCGGAGAAGGCGCCGGCGCGAGCGGUAGCUUGCGUGUGGCGCGUGGUUAUUGUGUCCAACGGCAAACGACCGCUCUCGAAAAGCAUCGUUUCCGCUCGUGCUCUCGCCGCCUGCCUGCGCAUCGACUCCUACUUCAAUCCCUUGUUAAUACCGAACAUACAAAUUGCCUUAAACAUCGGCGUCCUCCAUGUGUCUCUGUACAAUCAUAUUGACACAAGUGUAUACAACAAUUUGCCACCGCCACUGGACAAGUAUACCUUAAACGGAAAGAUUCCCGAGAUACAAUGUUUCAUGUCCGUGGAGCAGAAGGGAGCGGUUCUGGUGUUCAACAAAUGGAUAGACGACUCCAUAUUGCUCGACAUCGGCGGCAGCCUGAGCAUACACGUGUUGGACUAUAGCCAUUUAACUAUGCAGGAAGUGCUGGACGCUCUGGAGGGAAGAUUUCAGCUGUCGCUGUCGGAGAAGAUAGACUCAUCGUUGACGUGCAAUCCGUUCACAUUGAAAUUGGGACCAGCGAUAACUCACACUCUCGCGGUCUCCACGCGUUUGUGGCUGGCGUCUUUCGACGAGGAGGAGAAGAGCGUGAUUGUCCUAACGCGUUACGUAAUAGCCAACGAUAGCAAUAUACCUAUACGCUUUGGUCAAAGCGGCACUGGGGAUAGUAUACUUCUCGAGAGCAGGCAGUGUAACUUUUACUCCUGGCGGCAGAUCGGCAAUCAGAUGAUAAGGAUAUCGAUCGAAGAGAACGCCUGGGUCUGGAGCCGACCUUUUCCCGUCAACAAGGACGGAGUCCAAGUGAUAGAAUUUAAUAACUCGAUGAUUGCCACGGCGGUCUUCGUAAGCGUUACGUCGCUUUCCGCCACGCAGAAGCUCGUAACGUUCUCGGGGCAACUCGUGAUUUCCAAUCAGCUGAUGGAUAAUUUUGAGAUGAAAUUGGUGAAAUACGAGGAAGAAGUUGGCUCGAAGGUGACAGUCUUCAAGGAGGUAUAUCCCAUACCGGGCAAGAGCUUUCCAUCGUCCAUCGUGCUCGAGAACAGCAAAAAGAUGGCUAUGCGGCUACGUUUCACCAACUUGACGCACUUAUCCUGGACCGGAGACAUCCCGUUGCAGCCCAACAUCAAGUGGGGCCAGCCGUGGCUCGUCAAAGUACCUCUGCAAGAACGCGGCCAAUUUUUGAGUAUCUGGGUACGGAUCGUGACGCAGGUGAUACAAGACAAGAUGAAAAUCCUUGCGGUAUUGAGUCCGCUCUACAUGAUCAGAUCGCACCUACCGGUACCGGUCAAAGUACAGAUGGAAACGCCGUCUCUGAAGAUGUUGUCCAGCACGACGGUGAACGGUCGCGGCGAGUGCCAGCAGCUGUACUGCCCCGGCACGUUCGAGCACUUCCAUCAGCUGACGUUUCAAUUGGAAUCCGGGAUCUCCGCGUCGAAUCCCUACGUGCCGCUCUCGUACAGCUCCGUGGACCAACGGAAGUUUUUCCGAAGACCCGAGGUCGAGGACAUCGAUCAAAUUCUGCGAGAGCUCAAGGACAGGAAGGAGGAGGUGAAGUGGCCGUUUCAGGGUGACGACACCGAGGAAUGGAUAUCCGCGGAGCAGCCGCAGACGCACGUGCAAGUGAAAUACCAGGACGCCGGGCUGGUCUCCAGCACCCUGCUGCUGGAACUGCAGCCUUGGUGCUUCAUAAUGAACUCGCUGGGCUGCCACAUUUCGUUGGUGUCCGAGGACACCGAGCUCUGUCAGAUCCCUCACUACGGCAUAGUCACGCCGCCCAAGCUGGAGAGCACCUUCCACGUGGGCGUCGGGAUCGGCGACACUUACUACACGUCCCAAACGUUGCAGCUGGCGCGACCCGACUGGAGCCAGAGCUUCUACAUGCCCCGAAUCUGCGGCCUCGUACCGGUGGACGGGAACAUCAGGACGUCCGUGGACUGCGGCACGAGCGUGUCCAUCCUGAACGUCGGCUCCUCCAUGCACGAGGACAUGCGUCUGGUGCGGAUCACGAGCAGCCACGUGAUCGCGAAUCUGACGGCGCAGGAGCUGUGCGUGGCCACGCUCGCGGUGCACGAGGAGGCGCGGGAUCUCCAGUUGCCGCACGACCUCACUCCCUGCAGCCUGAACAUCUCGCCGUCCGAGGAUCAGAGGCAGGGCACGCCGAUCGUGCAGUGGUACACGUUGCACACGGAGAGCAACGUCGAGCCGCUAGUGCUGUACAUAUCUCUCAGCCUCGGCCACAGGUGGUCCUGCCCGAUCAGAGUGGACCAAGCUAUGAGCCGCAAGUCCGUCGUGAUACCAAACGGCUCCUCCACCAUGCCGGUCAUCGUGACAACGCAGGAGGACAAGGGCAGCACGUACGUCGUGAUACACAGCGACGAUCAUCCGCAGCUGCUGAUCGAGAACGCCUGCGGCUUCAAGAUCCUGCUGGGGCAAGCCGACGAAAGAGGUAGCGACAUAUUAUCGGACAGCUCUCAUUUCACGUGGGUAUGUGAAAUCGACAGCGGAGCGACGUCCCACUACUCCCUUCCCUGCGUCAGCAACAGGCUGCCCGACACUGCGGUUCCGAGCGCGUCGAACGUCCUGCUAUUUUCCACCGUGCAAAACGAUCAGGCGGCAGGGAAGACGAAUCUGAAGUGGUCGAGAGGCGUAAAUCUGUCCGCGUUGUCGUCCACACCGAUAGACCAGUACCUGCGACUACCGUCGUACGGCGAUGUCAAGCUCAUAAUGCACAACCGCUGCUACACCACUCACAUAAGCAUCGUGCCGAUCUCCCAAAUUGAGAUAUCCGCCCAGGACAUCAGGAGCAGAUUGCUGCGAAAGAAGAGCGCGGCGAGAGAUCACGAUGCCGGGUACAAUAAUCCUACGCCACUGAAGAGAUCGGAAGAGGACAAGCUGUUGCCGUACGUACAAAGCUCGAGUAGCUCGACGUCGCUGACGAGCUUCUUCUCAGCUCAAGAGGACGUCUUGACGACGGAACAAACGCCCGCCUCGGGUUCGAAGCAAUUGAUUCCCAAGAUGACGGAUACCAAAACUCGCACCGACGAGAAUCGUUUGAAGUCCAUCGACGACGCUAAUAACUCGACCAACUCGAAGGAAGGUUCUGAAAUCGUUUACCUGCGUGCGUGUACUAUCGUUAUCCUUCACGAUAUCAAUGAAAACGCACAGAGGAUCGAAGUGGCCAGUCUCUCCAUGACAGACUUGGUCGUUACCGUAAACUUAAAAGCCAGAUUUAUGAAUCUCUAUUGUUACAUAGGCGACUUGCAGUUAGACAAUCAAUUGUUCGAUCAGGGAGGUUUCGACUUCCCCGUGGUAUUGAUAAAUCAGAAUCCGUUGCCGAACAGAGAUAUGGCAUUUUACAGUAAUAACUGUUUAAUGACGAAUAUGGAGAAGAUCAAACAAGAUUCUUUGAUAGCCAUCGAAUACGUGUGGGAAAUAAAUGGAAGUAUGAUAGCAUCAAAGGAAUAUCGCAUGAAGAUUGCGCCUAUUAGUGCAUACAUCGAAGACACGUACAUAACGCAAUUAUUAGAUUACGCGACUUCGAUGAUACCACCGCGACUGGUAUUGGGUGACGGUCUUAAAAAGAUGCAAACGAUAGCUGCGUCGAACGCGAUGUACAUACCAGACUACAUCAUGAUCGAUUCGAAAAUCUUAAGCAAGCCACUGAAAUUGCAGAACUUCGUGAUAGAACCGCUGUCGAUUUUGUUGAGCGUUCACACUUCUAUGCGACUCUACGUCGCUCUGGAUCAUUCCCCAUUAUAUUUCAGUACCUUCGAAAGGAAAAACUUGCUGACCACUCCUUACAGGCUUGGUAAUGCACUUACCAUGCAUUAUUUAUCUGGCGCCAUAUUCGGAGCAGGCUGGGUAGUUGGAUCGUUAGAGAUACUCGGAUCACCGGGAGGUUUGGCGCAAGCGCUUGGAUCCGGACUCAGAGACUUUGUUUCACUGCCAUUCCAAGGGCUGCUGCAAGGCCCGUGGGGUUUCAUCGUUGGAAUUACACACGGGUCGGCCAGCCUGAUGAAACACGUCACAGCAGGCACUGUAAAUUCUGUAACGAAACUGGCGUCUAGCGUCGCACGGAACUUGGAUCGCCUAACGUUAGACGAGGAACACCUUCAGCGACAAGAAGAGUCGCGCAGAAUGCGUCCUCAAGGCAUGGCGCAGGGACUUUAUCAAGGCUUAACCGGUCUCGGAAUGAGUCUGCUCGCGGCCGUGGCGGGCCUGGCGCACCAUCCUUUGCAGCAAGUGUGGUCGGGCGAGGCUACGACCAAAAGUCUAGUCACCGGGGUUGGACUCGGUUUAGUCGGCGUCGUCACGAAGCCGCUGAGCGGUGCCGCGGAGUUGGUUGCUCUCACGGGUCAAGGGCUGUUGCAAGGUGCCGGAUGGAAUUCGUUACCCACGCCACGUCAGAGGCCAGUCGUGCAAUACACCACCGGCAAUAACAGCACAUCCGUGCGAUACACCUGGCGCUUGUCGCCUUUACUCGAUCACAGCCACGACAGCAUCCUCCACGUGACCAGCGCAGACUACGUGAUUCAUCAGGGCAGUAAUCGCGCGGUGACGCUCGUCCUCACGCGACAGGCUUUAUUACUCGUUAACAUGGCGGAGGACAGCGUAGAACGGAUAUUCUCGCUGAAAGAACUGACAAGCGUCGAUCACAUCACGGAAUCGACGAUGCUGUGCUUAUAUUGUCCACCAACAGCAAUACAAUUGAGCAGACCAUUAUCACCGGCUGAGCACGAGAUGAAUCAAGAGAUGAGAGCGCGAGUUGAGGAAUAUGUACGGACAAGCAGCACCGGUUUGGCCAGUGUAUCAACCAACAGCGACAAGCAGUCCGACACCUUCGAGAGAGCAUCGCCACAUCCAGAACAUACACUUACAUUUUACGUUUGCCCGGACACCCGUAAUUAUUUAUUAUCACUGUUCAACGUUGCCAAGCGACAAAAUCAAGGCUCCGGUUUCGCCGUUUUGUAAUCAAACAUACCUCCAGAACAUAAUUAUAACUAAGUGCAAUGACUGAGAAGAUAUUCGAAUAUUACUGUAUGUCAAAUCAACUACAUUCGAAGAUUCGAUUCGAAGGUUCUUUUAAAUAUUGAAGUAUAUUAUACUUGUUGAAAUAGGCAUAAGUUCCAAAUGAAUCAAUAGGUUCCAACCUAUGAAAUUUAUAAUAUAACAAACAGUAUUAUGAUUAAAGAGAUGAAUUUAAGAAAGUAAUUUCCAAAAUUUUCGUGCAAACAUAAUCGAGAUUCCAACAUGUUUGUAUUCAAAUGCCUAUAUCUCUACUUUUAUUAAAAUAUGUUGCACAAAUGUCGGUUUUGUUAUAGAAAAUAUAUAUUACGAAU